GGAAUUCCUAAUUAUGACGUCAUAGCUUCUAUUGCUAUCUCAUUGUUUGAUCUUUUUAAAUCAAAUUAUAUCAAGCCAAUCUUCUGAUUCAUACGCUACAAAAAAUAAUAAUAAUAAUAAGCUGCGCUGAGAUCGUUGUUCAUUAUUCGAAGAUGGCUCUGAAUCCUCAGGUGUUUCCUAACGGGAUGCCCGUGCCGUUUGUGAACGAGAUGUUCGUAUUAGCCAGAGAUGGCGUGGAUUUCGAGGUUGACAAGAUCCCCGGAGCUCAAGGAGGACAUGUCAAAGCAAAGGGCAUAAUUUACUUGUCCAAUAUACGUAUGGUUUUUGUUGCAAAUAAACCUGUUGGAGACUUUGCUGCUUUUGAUCUGCCCCUGCUUUACAUUUGCGGUGAAAAAUUUAACCAACCAAUAUUCUUCUGCAACAAUAUAUCUGGAUCUGUCGACCCUGUAAGUGCAUCAGAUAUUGAAUCAUUGGUAUGUGGUCUUCUAGUAGGCAGUGACCCAUUUCUGCACUUCCAGGUUGUACCUGAAAACGAGCAAAGGGCUCUAUUCUCUACUCAUUCAUUCAAGAUUUUAUUCAAGGAAGGUGGUUGCGGAACUUUUGUGCCCUUAUUCUUUAACCUAAUUCAUUCUGUGAGACAAUAUAAUCAAGAGACAUCAAGAGCAGGUCCUCAGUUGGAUCCCUUGCAAGCAUCACAGACGCCUGUUGAUGAAAUGAUGCGACAUGCGUAUGUUGACCCAAAUGAUCCUACAAGGAUAUUCUUGCAGCAACCAAAUCCUCAGUCACAGCUCAGGCGCCGAGGCUACCAUUCACAGCCUGCUAAUCAUGCCAUUUGAUGUGAAAUGUUGUUCCUCAAGGUUCAAACUUGUGCCAACCUUCUUAUUUUGUUAUGGUAAUGCAACAAUCUUCGGAACAUAUUGGUAGAAUUAAGAUGUAAAAGAGUUUCUUGGACGACACGUGCGUUGUUUAUAUGUGUGUUGAUGAAACUAAUCGUCCUACAAUACAUUGUCGUGCAAAAAUAAAUCAAUGGAUUCUCAUCUGUUUUAAUA